UACAACAAAACAAUAAGUUUAUGAAAUAUGGCUGCGCCCAUGGUGUCAACAUGACAUUGAAGUCUCACAAGCAUUUAUUCAUUCAUUACGAUUAAAUCAGGGAUGAUGAAAGAAAAACUUACCAUCAAACAUGAAAUCCAUCCAACUAAAUCGAUUUUGUGGAAGGUUUGUGACGUCUUUCAAACUUUCUAAUAAUGAGUUAGUGCAGACGAAUUUACAGAGCCGGCUGCAGAGACAAUUGAAAUUAUGUCCACAAAUAAUACUGUGCUCUUCUUGUAAGAAACAUGUUUCAAGCUUGUCACGCAUUCACAAAAACAAAUCAAUAAACGCAGGAAGCAGUUUUAAGUCAUUUUUGUUUAGCAGUACACCCCUUGAACCCACUGGUAAUGACGUAGAUUUUGAGUCAGUGUUUCCAUUUAGGUUUGUUUAUGUGCGGACAAGUAUUAAUAUGUGGGAAGAUUUUCCUGAUGGUGUGCAAUUUGAUGUUGGAUUUGUUGACACAAGUUAUGCGACCACAGUUUCAAAGCGCACCCCCGUGAUCCUAGGAAUCCCCAGCAGUGUUGGCACUCACGAGGAGUUGCAGAGUUCACUGCUCACAUUUGCCAAGCUGGGAUACCGUGUGAUUAUACCCAACCUUCCAGAUAGCCAAUAUUGUCGUGCCAAGUCUCGCCAGGAAAGUGUGGUGUUCAUGCAUUCUGUCAACGAGCGAUCUGCCUUCAUCAGGGACUUCUUGAGAGAGAUCAAAGUUGACAAAGUGGACCUGUGUCUUGUGAACAGAGACAGCGUGUACAGUGGGGUCCACCUGGCCACCUACAACAAGGGGCUGGUGCAAGCCCUGGUGCUGCUCAACCCCACUGGUAUUCAGUACACUUCCUCCAUGGAGCCUGUGCUGUUCCACAAGUACUUCAGUAUAUUCUGGGACGACCGCUUCAUUCUGCAGCCUGUGAUUCGCUCCCUUGUCACAGGCUGCAAGUUCCUCACAAAGAAGAAACGCUGGCCCACGUACAGCGUCAUAACCUACUCCAGAAUCAUUAGGGCCCUUUCAUUUACAGACGUCAGACAGGAUGCAGUCAGUUUCCGCGUAAGGAAUGUGCCGACACUUGCUAUACUGGGCGAGGACUCGGCUGAGCUGAAUACCAACGACACAUUCGAGUAUCUAGCAAGCCUCGCCCUGCCUACAGCCAGCACGGUGGAGUGGAGAUGUGACCAGGGCAACACGACAGUCCCUCCCAAGGAACUGCUGUCGGGUCAGAGUCUGGUGAUAAGAGUUCCCAACGCAGGACCCGACCUACCGACGACUCACGCUGUCCCACUCAGGCACACCCUGCUGACCUUUCUCAAAGCCAUCAGACGAGAUUUGUAACCAUGGCAACUAGGAAUUGUAACCAUGGCAACCAUUAGGAUCUUCACCUUGUUUUGUUUUGUAUAGAUAGUAAAUAUUGAUUGAACUGA